AUGACUACUGUUACACCAACCGUUUUAUGGGCACAACGUUCCAACGCAGAAGAUGCUAGUAAGAAUGUGAUUUAUAUGACUAUUGAAGUCCUUGAUCCAAUUAAUAUUAAAUUGGACUUAACUUCCAGUAGCUUAAAAUUAAGCGCCGAUUCACUGGACAAUGGUACUCACUAUUCGUUAGAGUUGGAAUUUUUUGAUGAAAUCGAUACUGAAAACUCCCAUAAGAAUACCGAAUCAGGUCAUCAAAUCUACUUGAUAUUGAGAAAGAAGAAUUUGAAGGAAGAGUUCUGGCCAAGGUUGACUAAGGAAAAGUUGAAGUUGCACUACAUCAAGACCGAUUUUGACAAGUGGGUUGAUGAAGAUGAACAGGACGAACAACCAGAGGAAGAACCAGACAUGUCGAACAUGAUGAACAUGGGUGGUGGUGCCGGAGGCAUGCCAGGUAUGGGUGGAAUGCCAGGCAUGGGUGGUAUGGGCGGUAUGCCAGAUAUGGGAGCUAUGGGUGGAAUGCCAGGAAUGGGAGGUGCUGGUGGUGCUGGAGGCGCUGGAGGAAUUGACUUUGCCCAAAUGAUGCAACAAAUGGGUGGUGCCGGUGGCGAAGGUGGAAACUUCGAUAUCAGUCAAUUGGCCAGUCAAUUAGGCCAAGCUGGUGGAAAUGCUGGCGGUGAAGAAGGCGAAGAAGGUGAAGGCGAAGCUGAAGGUGAAGGCGAAGCUGAAGGUGAAGUAGAAGAAGCUAAAUAA